GCGAAGCAUGCGGAGAGAAGGUGAUGGCCCAACAGCCCCGAGAAAAACGCCGCUCGCUGCUCCGCUGGCUGGUGUCUCGAUCGCGGGACCGUAAGACGCCGGCGGCCACUGGCAACAACGGCUCGGUGCCCCUGGCCUCACUGCCCAAGUCGCACACCUACUCUGGCGCCUGCUGCAAGGCGCCCCGAGCCCAGCGAUCACUGAGCGUCUACGACGUGGAGCAGGCCUCGUCCCAGAGGCCCCUGCUGGCACUGUGCAGACUUUGCUUGACCGUGGUGCCCUCGUCGGCUCUGUACCGAGUGGCGCACUGCGGAUGCUAUUUCUGCCUCCAGUGCACGCGUCAGUACCUGACCGUCAGCAUCCGUGAUGGCAAUGCCUAUAUACCAUGUCCCGAUGACAAGUGCCCGAGUGGAGGCAUCUUUGAGUCUUCAGAGAUUGAAAAGCUUGUAGAGACAGAUGUCCUGGAGCUUUAUCUUCGAUGCAAGCUUAACCGAGAUGUGGAGAUGGACCCCAACCAAACUUGGUGCCCUGGCCCUGGAUGCGAGAGCAUCUGCCGUGUCUUCCCACCACUACGUGACUGCGAGGCAUCGCCCGUCCACUGUUCCAAGUGCAAGCUCACCUUCUGCUCCUCAUGCAAGGAACGCUGGCAUGCAUACCAGUCCUGCGACGAGUUUCGGAGGCACUUUUCUGAAGAUGAACUGGCUAACCUGCCAGGCGAGGAGUGUGGCCUGAUAAAGCGCUGUCCACGGUGUCACAUUCCCAUUGAGCGGGACGAAGGCUGUGCCCAGAUGAUGUGCAAACGCUGUCGACACGUGUUCUGCUGGUACUGCCUGGCCUCCCUUGACGAUGAUUUCCUGUUGCGACAUUACGACAAAGGGCCUUGCAAGAACAAGUUGGGCCACUCACGGGCAUCUGUCGUUUGGCACAGGACUCAGGUUGUGGGUAUCUUUGCCGGAUUUGGGUUUCUUCUACUGCUAGCGUCACCGCUUCUCUUGCUGGCAGCCCCAUGUCUGCUUUGUUGCCGGUGCAGCAGCUGCCAUCGCUGCCUCGACCCUGAGCCAGCAACCCUUUGAAGGAGCAGACUGAAGUGCCAGGCAUGAGUACGCUUGACUCUCCAGAAAUAUGUGCCUGCCAUUUUUAAUGUCCACCAAACAGGUGAUGAUGUCUCUAGCAGGCCGAGCUCCAGGUCAACCUUUGAAUGUUGUGAAAGGUGCGUGAUGUGGUUACGGCUGUGCACCAGGACCUUUCUUCUUUGAAGCCGUCUAGUCUCAAGAGCGUUGUGGCACGAGUGCACCAAGAGAAAGCGUGGUGGCUGUGCCCUCUUGUGGCAAGUGAUCUUUUUUGCCAACAGUUAGGAAAGCUGUGAUGAGGCAAGAGGUAUUGUUGUAUUAUACCUGUGUUAGCAUGUAGGUGUUGCUACAUUUUGCGAUUCUUGAGGUGUGCCUGCUACUGCAAAAAUAAUGAAAUCUUGGAUUUAGGAUGUGUAAUGCCGACCGUGUAGGCUGCAAAAAUGCAGAUUCAAGUGCUAUGAGCAGUGCAGAAAAAUAUGUCACUUUGCAUGGGCAACUUUCAGCAUUGACAUGAAGCUUUCAAUUGUAAAAAGUCUGUCACAAGAAAUGCUACUCAAAAUGUCAGAGUGGCCUUGCUCUUGCAAGCAGCCCAUUUUGUAAGUCCAAAACAUCACCAAGUUUUGGCUUUUUCAUUUGCAAUGCGACAUUUAAGUGUUACAUAACAGCAUGAGUACACAACUGUGUUUGGCCAGCUCAAACAUUCAUCAGUAGUUGUAAUAAUACGCUGUCAUAAUGAAUUACAAAAGUAGUAUUUACAUCAGGCUACAACUAAAGCUUCAUUCCUUGCACAGAUUUCAUUGGUAGAAUUUUGCAGCAAAAUGCAAAAACAUGAUGCAGUGACACAGUCAUUUUGCUUGCACAACUUAGCCCAGUCUGUCUCACCCACUGUAUUGGGUCGUAAGGAUGUCCUGUUGUUGUAGGCAUUGGUGGCAAUCUAGAGUUAAAACAAACGCAGCAGGAUAGUCAUUUCCCAUUCUUAAUUUGUAAGCAAAGGUUCCAUCUAUUUCUUUUCUUGAUGCCGUCCGUGUUCCGCACGGGAACUACUGUUCCGUUGCGGCCGCUUGCUGUUGUAGUCAGUAGCUUGGCUCCAUAGGCCUUCUUAGCUGAUGUGACUUUAGUAUUGUGCUUCGAGCAAAUAUAACGUGAUGCUUCACCACUCAACGUUCUUGUAGCUUUAGGACUGUAUCCCUGUGAGAAAGCCAAAAGCUCUUUAUUUAUGGUGCUAUGCACUGUCAUUCUGCAGUGAAAAGUCCGCAAGGGAACAAUGUAUAUAGCGUUGUUUUAUGCUGUUUGAGCAAUUUCAAAAGUUCUUCAGACUUCGUGAUUUUAUUCCCUGUUCCACAUUGAAAAAACUUCACUUGAACAUGUGGUGAAUCUAGUUGAUAGUGUCUCUAAAUAUGUUCUUUUCUUUCUUCCUUCUUUUUUUUUUCUUCAUUCACGUGACUAGCUCUACACAUGCAUGGAUUCACUUGGUUUCUGUACAUAUGGCAAUGUUUGACUGCAGAUAUUCUUCCAGCACUUGCAGAGGGGUCAAUUAGCUUUUGCAAGUGCUAAUUAUGUAGAUGGGCAUGCAUACUAGGCAACAAUUAUCUUCUGUGAUAGCUUUCAGAGCCAAUUAGGUUUAGCAGUGAGCAAGGCAGUCCAAUGUGCUGCAAGUUCUCCGAUGCCUAUGCAAUGCAAAACGUGUUGGCUGUAAAUAUUGCUUGUUUAAAAGAAAUCAAAGUACACUACAGUCAUAUCACAAUAUUGCAAUCAACAGUACUUAAAUGCUUCAAGUUUUAUGUAUGCACAAGGCUGCUUCAUGGUCACCAGAAGUGGCUUUUCUCAAGUUGGAUUACCAAUAAUUUGACAAUGAUUAUAAAAUGGUUUCUCUAUGUAUAAUUAAAUAUUAUUGUGCACAGAUGUUUUGCAACUAUCUUCAAUUUUCAGUUGCAGUGGCCCAGAACUUUCGACACUUAUCCAGUUAAAACUUUUUGUCAGGAAGUGGCAGUGCAGCUUUUUACAGGAAGAUGCAGAUAACACAUGCAACAGCACUGGACUUAGUACAUGGAGUGGUGUAAUACGUUCUUGCCACUGCAAGUGAAAUUCUGAACUUUCGAAGUAUUGCACCUUGAAGUUGUGCCUUCAGAGUUUUGGGCCAUGCUACCAGCAAAGCACAGCUGAAGUAAUGCCUAUGUACAAUGGGCAAGUGUGACUGUGCCCACCUAGGAAAAGAUUUUGGGGAGGGUUUUAAAAGUGCUGUUACUGGUCAAGUGACCACGUGUGAAUUUGUUCCUGUCUCUAUUUACUUGUUGCCUGCUGGACCUAAGAUGUGGGCAGCAGGAAUAACCUAGUCACAAGCUAGUCCGGACUGAUGUGAAAGAGGUUACACCUUCACUCUGUGCAAGCUAGAAUAAAAAGACCUCAUGGCACA